CAAACUAACGCUGGCGCUGUGUAUCCCAAACAAUAUCGCAAACAUGAAAACUGUUUCAAUCUUUCAAAGCUAUACCACUAAUCUAAUUGCAUUACCAAACCCGCGACUCCUUCGUAUUUCCCGCGGCUGUGUUUGUGAAGUAGCCCAAUACCGCGGGGAAAAACCCGCGGACCCGGCGACCACCCCGUCAUGUGAUCCGCUCCCUGAGGCAGCAGCCGCCCCGCCUCACACGUGAUCAGGGAGCUCGGUUCAGCCAAUGGGAGCCGGCAGCCUCCCCCGGCGCGGAAUCGACAGCGAUGGGUUUUGUUUGUCCAAAAAAAAAACAAAAAAAAAAACAUUUUUUUAAAACAUAUUUGAGCGGUUAUAUGUUAUAAACGACGAGUGUCGUGUUUUUGGGGAACCGUGUCGCGCUGAAUCAAAAUAAAAACUUAUCAAGACUUUAAAAAAAAAAAAAAAAAAAAAAAAAAAAAAAUUAAAAAAUAAACAGUUUUUACAUCACGUCGCGUACUCUCGCGAUGAGGUGCGUGGUCGCUAGUAGCAACGUGAAGAUUCUUGGCAAAGCCGUGCAUUCCCUGUCGAGAAUCGGGGAUGAACUGCACUUCGAACCGAUGCGCAGUGGGCUUGCUCUUCGCUGUGUGAAUUCCUCACGCUCGGCCUACGGCUGCUUUCUGUUCACUCCCCUCUUCUUCCAGCACUAUGACCCCGGGACUCCCCCUGGUGGCCUGGAGGACUCCGGCUUCCGCUGCAAGAUGGGGAUGAAGUCAGUACAGACCGUGUUCAAGUCGCUGUCCUCUCUUGAGAAGACCGUGGAGAAGUGUGCGAUUGAUCUGAAUCCCGGAGGAAACAGGCUCGUCUUCCAACUGCACUGCAAAUACGGAAUCACGAAGACUCACAAUCUAGCUUUCCAGGAGAGCGAGUCUCUGCAGCCUGUCUUUGACAAGGAUGGAUACACCAGUGUGCUCCGAGCCCAGCCCAGGCUGCUGGCGGACAUGGUGGUGCAUUUCCCACCCUCGCUGGAGGAAGUGAACGUGACGGUGAGCAGAGAACGAAUGCAGCUCAGAAACCACCUGGAGGAUGAGCAAGACGCUUCCAAGAUGAUGCUGACUGAGAUGAGUCUCGAUGCAGACGAGUUUGAGAGCUUCCAGGUUCGAGAGGAGACUGGAAUCACCUUCUGCCUGAAAGAACUCCGGGGUCUCCUGAGUUUCGCGGAGUCCUCUGGGUUGCCUGUCACUAUGUACUUUGAUGAACCAGGGAGGCCAGUGGUAUUUGGGCUGGAUGACCCGGUUCUGGAGGUUAAUUUUGUUCUGGCCACUCUGUCAGAUGAGGAGACCACAACCCACAGGGAGAGGAACCGGAGUCACCCCCCUCAGGCCAACACCAGCCAUGAUGACGACUUCCUGAGCGAUGACAUGGACAGCUAUAUGAUCGCCAUGGAGACCAGCGCUGUAGACGGGGCAGAGGCACAGCCCUGCAGUACCCGGUCUGACCACAGGAGGGAACCUGCCACCACAGCCUGCAAUACCGGGUCUGACCAGAGGAGGGAGCCUGCCACCACAGCCUGCAGUACCGGGUCUGACCAGAGGAGGGGGUCGGAGAGCGAGGAAGAGGCGUUACCCGGGACCCCUCCGCAAAAGAGAUUCCGCUCUCUAUUCUUCGGUUCCGUCCUCUCCCCUUACUCCCAGGGAGCCAAUCAGACGAUUCGGAGCCAGGAAGUGCUCGCCGAAGCCAGCGACAGUGACCCAGAGGAACAGGAAAUAACUAAGAAGUAAAAAAAGAAAGAAAGAACGGAGCGACCCCCCCCCCCCCCCCCCCCCCGGGGGAGAAUUUCAAACUGGGGGGGGGGGUUGGGGGGAGUCAGAUUAACACCAAAAAAGCCCAGGCUUUGAAUUUAUUACUAUGAAUAGCACUGCCGACUCGUUAUCGCCUCCCUGCUGGUGGAGGGGGAGUAGUGCAGGCGGUCCUGCGCAUGCAGGUCACAGAUUAACUCCUGCUCCUAUUAUCAUGAAACUUGCAUGUAAGAGAGGUAGACUCGAGCCACACCAAUCAAUCGAUCAGUAAAUAAAUGAGACUGAUUUUGUCAUCAA